ACACAUUAGCACAUACAAUACAUAUUUGUGAUCUGGGAGAUGGUAUAGAUAGCAGCUUCAGAAGUUCUUUGCUUGAACAUCAGUUCAUCAACAAAAUACAGCCUUCGUGGGUUCCUGCUCUUCAUCCAAUAGGAUGGUUGAAGAGUGAGAUACCCCCAGCAGUACUAGGUAUGCUAAACCUAGUGCGACUAGGACGGGAAGGAGGAGGUGGAGGUGGUGGAGGAGGAGAUGGUUGGGGAGAACCUGAAGUUUGUAUCCCGGAAAUAAGCGUCUUCAAUUGUCAGAUGCUUGUUGACGACGGGAAAGAAUGUAAAUCCCAACAUAAUGAAAAGGAGUUGAUAAAAACAAUAAAUGCUGAACUGCAAGAUACAAUUCUUCAAUCCUUGUUAGAAGAAGGGGAACAGUUUUCUGGACUUAGCCUCAUAGGUACAUCUGUGUACGGGAUCCGACGGUACCGUGCGGGAGCCUGGUUGGCCAGCCAUCUUGAUCACAUGGCAACACACGUGGUCUCCGCCAUCUUAAACAUUGCACAGAAAGGAAAUUUUCAGAGAUCAUUGGACAAAGAAACAAUUAAACAUAUUUUGUAUUUCAUGAUUUCCGAUGCUUUUAAAAAUCAAAUGACUCUAAAUUAA